UAUAUCAACAAAAUAGCCUAACAGCUACUAGAAAAGAUGUUUUCAGAACCUGACCAGGAAGUAGAAGCUGCAGUGAUUGUAGGGAUAGACUUUGGGACCACAUACAGUGGCUAUGCCUUCAUGUUCACCAGUUUAGAUAUAACAACAAAAUAGCCAAAAAGCUUUGAGAAAAGAUGUUUUCAGAACCUAACCAGGAAGUUGAAGCUGCAGUGAUUGUAGGGAUAGACUUUGGGACCACAUACAGUGGCUAUGCCUUCAUGUUCACCAGUGAUCCCACCUCCAUCUACACAGCCAUGGGGGAGGAGAGGGAGCCCACUUGUGUUCUCCUCAACCCAGAUAAGACAUUCAAUGCCUUUGGUAAAAAGGCUCUUAUUAACUACGCAGAGUUAGAACCGGAGGAACAUCAAUCACACUACUUUUUCAACCACUUCAAGAAAAAACUGUAUGAGAGUAAGAAACUAACAAGGGAAACAUCUCUCCAAGAUCACACUGGAAAGGAGAUGAAAGCAAUGGAUGUUUACAGUAUUGUCUUCGAGUAUUUCCAUAGAAGAGCUAUGGAACAUGUUGGCCAAGUGAAAUGUUAUCAAACCAGUCAAGGAUUUUCUUCAAAGCAUAUCCUGUGGAUGCUAUCAAUACCGGCCAUUUGGACAGAUUCUGCCAGACAGUUCAUGCGUGAAACUGCUACAAAUGCAGGGAUGAAAAAUGUCAGGCUGGUCCUUGAACCAGAGGCAGGUGCUUUAUAUGCCAUCGAUAAACCACUAAAUGUAAGAGAGGACAUGUCAAAUGAAAGGUUUGCAGUAGGACACAAAUACAUUUUGGCUGACCUUGGGGGAGGUACCAUUGACAUUUGUAGUCAUGAAAUCCUCGAUAGUAGAAAACUCUGUGAACUGUACAGAGCUACCGGGGACUAUGCUGGGGGAUCAAGAGUUAACCAUGAAUUUGAAAAGUUCUUAGUGAGACUGUUUGGCGCUCCAGCACUUGAUGAAUUUAGAACAAAAUUUACACAUUCCUAUCAGGAUUUUAUACAGACAGUAGAAACAAAAAAGUGUAUGUUUUCAUGCAGUACAGAUAAAACAACAUUACCACUAGACUACGACUUUGUAACAUUGGUGGAAAAAGACAAUGAAGAAGCCAUUGAUGAAAUGGUAAAAGGUUCAAGGUACAAAGACCUUGUGCAGUACAAGAUUACGGGUCGUCGUCUUAUUCUCAAUCAUUCAGUUGUGAAGGAGUUUUUUGACAGCUCCGUGGACAUUAUAAUCGAAAAACUGAAAGAGAUUCUGUCUGCCUGUCCUCAAGACAACAUCACCAGUCUGCUGUUGGUCGGUGGUUACUCCGAGUCACCAUAUGUAAGGGAAAGAAUACAGCAAAACUUUCCUCAACUGACCACAGUGAUAGUAGAAAAUGGGAGACUGGCAGUGAUGAAAGGGGCUGUAAUGAUGGGACUGAAACCAAGAAACGUCAUCCAGAGGAGGGCUAGAUUCACAUAUGGGUUUAGUACAUAUGCACUCUUUGUUGAAGGCAAGCACCCAGAACAGUUUAAAAAGAACUUCGAUGGUAGGACCUGGUGUAAGGGUGUGUUUGAUAAGCUGAUAGAGAGGGGUGAGCUUCUACAACACCAGCAGGAAUUCUCUAAGAAAUUCUAUAAAUGCAUACAAACAAAGAGUAAACAGUUGGAGUCUCAUUUAUCCCUGUGGGGGUCUCCAAAGCCUAACCCCAGGUACUGUUACCUGGAGGAUGACCAGUGUGAGCGCGUUGGUGUGAUCAAUGUACCAUCUCCUCCUGGGGGCUGGCCUGAUGAGAUAAAUCAUACAGGGAAAUUGGUAGUGGGUGAGACAGAGUUCACCAUGAAACUGUUCAUAGAGGAGACUGGUCAGGAAUAUGAAGCAAACGUUGAUUUCCUGUGAACAGUUAUGAGAUGUGUGUAACAAACAUUGACUUUAUGUGAACAGUUAUAAGAGAUGUAUCAAACAAACAUUGACUUUAUGUGAACAGUUAUAAGAGAUGUAUCAAACAAACAUUGACUUUAUGUGAACAGUUAUAAGAGAUGUAUCAAACAAACAUUGACUUUAUGUGAACAGUUAUAAGAGAUGUAUGUAACAAACAUUGACUUUAUGUAAACAGUUAUAAGAGAUGUAUGUAACAAACAUUGACUUUAUGUAAACAGUUAUAAGAGAUGUAUGUAACAAACAUUGACUUUAUGUAAACAGUUAUAAGAGAUGUAUGUAACAAACAUUGACUUUAUGUGAACAGUUAUGAGAAAUGUAUGUAACAAACAUUGACUUAUUUUUAUUGUGUGCACCAACAGCUAUAUUUCACCAGUAGUAUACUUGUAAGUAAAAUAUUUUCUUUUGGUGUUCACAAGGUGAACUAUAUUGCAAUCUUACACUGAAACCAACAAUGUUUCUUUUUAUUAUAUGCCUAAAAAAGGUAUAAAGUGACA